AGUAUAGGGUUAGGUGUUGGUGACACUUGGGGGGACUGUUGAAUCGAUUGGGCCAGUAAUCAAUCAAUCAAUCAAUCUAGAUAUUACUAGCAACAAUAUUAUUAUUAUUGAUUCCGAUCAUAGAGAGAAUUCCGAUCAACCAUAUGAAUGCAGGCAGGGCAGAGCUAGGUAGGUAGGUAUAUAGUGAAUAUGGAGAUGGAGAUAAUAAGGUGGUUUGAGGAGGAGGUGGCGGAAGAGGCGGGGCGGACGCAGACGGAGACUCUCCGGCGGAUUCUAGAGGAGAACUGUGGGGUGGAGUACCUCAGGAAAUAUAUGGGAGAUGAUAUUAUUUCCUUGUCCUCUUCCUCCUCCUCAAUGGAAGAAGCAGUAUUGUUGGAGGAAAUGUAUAGGAAACUUGUUCCUCUUUCCUCCCAUUCUGACUUCGACCCUUUCAUUCACAGGAUUGCAGAUGGGGAUACUUCUCCUUUGCUCACUCUAAACCCCAUCACAGCUCUUUCUUUAAGUUCCGGAACUACUGACGGAAGGCAGAAACUUGUCCCUUUUACUCGCCAUACCACCCUCACCACUUUUCAAAUUUUUAGCCUCGCUGCAGCUUAUAGAUCAAGGGUUUAUCCUAUAAGGGAAGGGAAAAAAGCAUUACAAUUUAUCUACAGCAGCAAACAAUACAAGACUAAAGGUGGGCUAACAGUAGGAACAGCUACUACCCAUAUCUAUGCAAGUGACGAAUUCAAGACCCAAUCUUGUAAGUCAUGCAGCCCGCAAGAGGUCAUCUCAAGUGGAGACUACCGUCAAUCUACAUAUUGCCAUCUCCUCCUCGGCUUAUUCUUCUCCGACGACAUAGACUACGUUAGCUCCACCUUUGCCUACAGCAUUGUGCAAGCCCUAGCAUCAUUCGAAGACUUCUAUACAGAAAUAUGCCACGACAUUAGGUUCGGAACCCUAAGUCCCAGAAUCACGCUUCCUCACGUCCGAAAGGCUGUCCUUGAGAUCAUCCACCCUAACCCUAACCCUAGCCUUGCAACACGAAUCGAGGAGAUUUGUAAUGAGUUAGAUCAGGAGGAAGUGAACUGGGCCGGCUUGAUCCCGAGGCUAUGGCCUAAUGCCAAAUAUGUUUGCUCCAUAAUGACGGGUUCCAUGCAACCAUAUACCAAGAAGUUGGGACACUAUGGCGGAGGACUCCCCUUGGUAAGUGCAGACUACGGAUCCACAGAGAGUUGGAUUGGGGUUAAUGUAGAUCCUUCUUUCCCACCGGAGAAGGUCACUUUUGCAGUUAUGCCCUCCUUCUCCUACUUUGAGUUCAUUCCGCUCCACAAAGACAAAUGCUUAAUAUUAUUGGAUCAUUAUUCGUCCACAACUCCUCCUCCUCCUCCUAAUUAUCAUCAUAAUUAUGACCUCAUAGAGGACGAUCCCGUGCCUCUAUCUCAAGUUCAAGUUGGACAACAAUACGAGCUUGUGCUCACUACCUUUACAGGGCUUUAUAGGUAUAGACUUGGAGAUAUUGUAGAAGUGAGUGGAUUUCACAAAGGAACCCCGAAAUUAAGCUUCAUAUGCAGAAGGAAUCUAAUCCUAACAGUGAACAUAGACAAGAACACCGAGAAAGACCUCCAGCUUGUCGUGGAGAGAGCCUCUAGGCUGCUGAGCCGAGCGGAGCUGGUGGACUUCACGUCCCAUGCUGAGGUGGCAAACCAGCCGGGCCAUUAUGUGGUAUACUGGGAGAUUAAGGGGGAGGUGGAAGAUAGGGUCCUUGAGGAGUGUUGCACCGAAAUGGACUCUUCUUUUGUGGACCACGGCUAUGUGGUCUCUAGGAGGUGCGGUUCCAUAGGACCGUUGGAGCUAAGGGUGGUGGAAGAAGGGACCUUCAAGAAGAUACUCGAUUACUUCAUUGAGAAAGGGGGGGCUUUGAGCCAGUUUAAGACUCCUAGAUGCACCUCUAAUUGUGUUUUGUUGACCAUUCUCAAUGCUGCAACAAUUAAGACCUUCUUUAGCACCCAUCUUUCCUUAUAAUUAAAACCCUUCAUCCAUCCAUGCGCUGGUUCGGAAGUGUUGAUCAAGCUUGGAUCGAUAUUGUUUUCGAUUUUGGGCGUUAAUGAGAACUUGGAGAAGAAUCCCUGAAGGUGAACGAGAAUGAAAAUUUCUCUAUGAGUGGAAGAUCACAUACAAAGAAAUUACGAGUUUUAAAAAAGUUAAAACAAGAUAAAAACUUUAAUUUAUUACAUUUCUUUAUUGUAAUUCAUUCGACUGGUAAGUUUGGAGGUUUACUUUCCCUUGUUUUCAUUUUUGAACUAUAUUUCUAUCAUUUUAAAUUGUAAGAAUAUCGAAUAAACCUUAAUUAUCA